CAGCUCAAGAUGACCAAAUCUGUCUAACUUCAACAGCAAAAAAGCUAGGGAUGCUCCUCCUUUUCACCACCCGACAGAGAAGAGAAGAAAUGGCGAUGCUAGGGUCUUUUAGCUCCGCACAGCAGAAUAAAAAUGUUUCUGGGGGCGACAGGGACGGGACAGAGUUCGUAUGUCCGGUUUGUCUCGAGAUUUUCGAUAGCCCUGUUACAACACAAUGUGGACAUACGUUUUGUCAAAGUUGUCUGCAGGAGUGCCUGCGGCCCCAGAAGCCAGUGUGUGCCGUGUGUAGGGCACCAUUGGGCCACUGGGCCAAAGCCACUGACCUAGAGGCCCUCAUACACACCUCAAUGGCGGCCUGCAAGGGCUGUGGAGCACAGGUGGGUCUAUCCCAGAUGAGAGGCCACACGGCAGCAUGCUCCAAGUACCAGGAGUAUAUUGAGGAGGGGGUCAGGACCACUGCCCAGACCCAGCCUAACAUUAUUGGCCCUAUGCCGAACCGCUUCACUUUCUCAUGCCCCUACUGUAACUACCAGAACCUGGACCAGGACGGCCUGGUGGAGCACUGCACUUCCCAGCAUGCCCGGGACACGCGCCACGUGGUAAGGGGUCUUCAGUGAAACAUGACUCACCUG